CUGGCGGCGCUGCUGCCCGCCCAGACGCAGCUCGAGUACGCGCUGCUGGACGCCGAGGCGGCCCCGCAGAAGGAGCAGCUGGUCUACCAGUACCUGCGCAAGGCGGACGGCCGGCAGCCGGACCUGGCCGUGCCCGAGCUCGGCAGAGAUUUACAGUGGCUGAACACUGAAGGUCCCAUUUCUCUUCAUGAAGACCUUUGUGGAAAAGUGGUGGUGUUGGAUUUCUUUACUUACUGCUGCAUCAAUUGUUUGCACUUGCUGCCUGAUCUCCGUGCCUUAGAGCACCAGUACUCUGAUAAAGAUGGUCUUGUGAUUGUUGGGGUCCAUUCAGCAAAGUUCCCAAAUGAAAGAGUUCUGGAUAACAUCAAAAGUGCAGUUCUGAGAUAUAACAUUGCCCACCCAGUAGUCAACGAUGCAGAUGCGACCCUUUGGCAUGAACUAGAAGUGUCCUGCUGGCCAACCCUCGUCAUUCUUGGGCCUCGGGGAAACAUCCUCUUUUCCCUUGUUGGAGAGGGACACAAAGAGAAGUUGUUUUUAUUUAUUUCCGUAACUCUGAAGUUUUACAAAGAGAGAGGACAAAUCAAGGAUAACAGAAUUGGAAUCAAGCUGUACAGAGACUCCCUCCCACCCUCUCCCUUGCUAUUUCCUGGCAAAGUAACUGUAGAUAAUUCAGGAGAAAGAUUAGUAAUAGCAGACACUGGACAUCACAGGAUUUUGGUUACCCAAAAAAAUGGUCAAAUUCUACACACUAUUGGAGGACCGAACAGCGGAAGAAGAGAUGGAAGAUUUUCAGAGGCAGCUUUCAACUCACCUCAAGGAAUUGCUAUAAAAAAUAACGUGAUUUAUGUAGCUGAUACAGAAAAUCAUCUAAUUAGAAAGAUUGACCUAGAAUCAGAGCUGGUGAGCACUGUAGCAGGUGUUGGGAUCCAAGGUGUUGACAAGGAAGGUGGAGCAAAAGGAGAACAACAGCCCAUCAGCUCCCCAUGGGAUGUGGUCUUUGGAAAUUCAGUUUCAGGUUCCCAGGAAGAUGAUGUUUUAUGGAUAGCCAUGGCAGGCACUCAUCAGAUCUGGGCGCUAAUGUUAGAAGAUGGAAAACUACCAAAGGGAAGUGAUCUAAAGAAAGGAGUCUGCAUUCGAUUUGCUGGGAGUGGAAAUGAGGAGAACAGAAACAACGCGUACCCGCACAAGGCUGGAUUUGCGCAGCCUUCAGGGCUCUCCCUGGCUUCUGAGGAUCCCUGGAAUUGCCUUUUUGUAGCCGACAGCGAGAGCAGCACCGUGCGAACAGUCUCUCUGAAAGACGGAGCCGUGAAGCACCUUGUAGGAGGAGAGAGAGACCCACUGAAUUUGUUUGCCUUUGGUGAUGUGGAUGGAGCAGGCAUAAAUGUAAAGUUGCAGCAUCCCCUAGGAAUAACAUGGGACAAGAAAAGAAAACUGCUGUAUGUGGCUGAUUCCUAUAAUCAUAAGAUUAAGGUUGUAGAUCCCAAAAUGAAGAACUGCGCCACCCUGGCAGGCACAGGAGAAGCAACCAAUGCUACUGCUUCCAGCUUCACAGAGGCAACUUUUAAUGAACCAGGAGGUUUGUGUGUUGAGGAAAGUGGCCGCUGGAUGUACGUUGCAGACACAAAUAACCAUCAGAUUAAAGUGCUGGAUUUGGAAGCAAAAAUUCUUUCCACGUUGCCUAUCCUGAACCCAGGAGCAUAUGAUAUUCCAGAUCAUCAUUCUGUACAAAGUGAUAAAAGAGCAAACCUUCCAAAACUGCCUAAAUCUUCACCAAACAUUCAACUUCCUUCACUGACUGUAACUCCCGGCCAGAGAAUUCAAUUUCUGUUAAAGUUGACCCUUCCUCCAGAUACAAAACUGAAUGAAGAAGCACCAAAUUCCUGGUUCAUCACAGCAGAAGAUAAUACAUGGUUGCUUUCAGGACAGAGUGUGUCUGGAGGAAUUAAGGAUGUUUCCUGUCAAACUCGCAUUCCCUUUCAGCUCCCCAGUAGCUGUCUCUCAGCUGAAGCAACCCUGGCUAUCAUCGCGUGCCUCUAUUAUUGCAGCAAAGAGAGCAGUGCCUGUAUGAUGAAAGGAAUCUCGUUCAGUCAGCCUUUGCAGAUAGCUAAUACAAACCAAGGUAGCUUGACUCAAGUUGAACUGACAUACACGUUUUAACUAAACAACCCAAAGCUCAUUUCAUACUUUAUUUUAGUGUCCAGUGUUUCUGUAAGAGAAAGCACAAGUAGAUGACUUCUCUGCUGCUCAUUUUCCUACAGCUUAUGAAGAAGUUAAGAAAUAACAUAGUUGAUAAAGUGGAGUUUUUCACAAUUUAACAUGAAAAUUUAGGAUCAUCACCUCAGUUCUUGUCAUGCUGUAGCAAUGAUAAUAUAGUAACAGUGUAGAUUUUGUUGCUGGUUGUGAAUAUGCUGGAUGUUUGCCAUUCUGAGCAAUGAGCAACCAAUUCCGAGUGCUCUUUUGGAAGAAGCAGUAUUGCUUUGUGAGGUCUGUAAUAAGGUCUUUGCACUGUGCACACUGUAAAACAGCUAGAUCCUUUUGGACUAGCAGUUAGAAAUUCCUUUCAUGCCCUUAACUUUUAACAGAAUGUCACAACCAGUGCUUUCUUCUUCCAGGUUUUAAAAGUUAUGGUUUUUAUUUUUCAGUGUUGGCAUUUAUAACACAUGUACUGAAAACAUACCUUAAACUAGGUGCAGCUCUAAUUUUAUGCAAACUGUGUUUUACUUAACUAGCUAAAUAUGACUGCCUUAUAUCAAAAACAAUUUCAUGAAAAUAUAAUCUGUGAAAGGAAAUUUUUAAGUUCCUACAGAAGCAUUUCAUACUGUUUUCUAACAAAGAAUGUGCCUCUCUAAUGUGUAUAUAAAAAAAGUCAGAGUUUCUGUGUUAUAUACCCGUUUGCAUUUUAUAGAAAAUUGUAGAUAAUGAUUGAAUAUCUAAACUACAAAAAUUAAACAUCAGCCAUUUCAAGCAGGAGAAUCACUUUUCCCUCCAGUUCUGUAGCUUCUAUAUAAAGACCUAUUUCAAGACUCCUGUCUUGCAAACACUUUGAUGAUGAAUGGUAUCAUACUCUUGAAAUCUAAUUCAAAGCCUUCCAAGUCAUUUGUUACAGUGGCCUCUGAACCAGAACAUGUGUUUAUUGAUGGAUUACAUUUGCAUUCACAUUCCUGUUUGUGGGAUCUGAGCUUUUGCUAGUAAACUGUUAUUCUAAGCUUUACUUAACAGCCUUUAAAACUGCAUUCCAAAACUGCCUUUGCUGUUUAGAUCUUGUGUAAGUAAAAUCCUAUCAGUUUUCCAUAGGAUAUAACAGGAGUACUGCAAUGUGUGCAGAUUUUGUACAUGAAUCAGUAGGACUUCCAGUGGCCUUUAGUGAUACUUGGAUUGGGCUCUGUGCUUAUAUCACAAGAACCAGUUCUAAGAAGAUGAGUUUGUCCUAAUUUUGAAGAUAAACUUUUACACACCUCGUGAAGCACAGUAGUGAAAGAAUUAAAUAGCUGCUUAUAAAAAACAUGCCAUUUUUCCUGGCAUCUGUCAGGAAAUCCGCAGUAUGAUUGGUUGUUGCUCUUUCCUACUCAAAAGCUGAUUGAAAUGUUGAUCAUGAAGUCAAGAGGCUUUUGUUUUAAGGAAACCAUACAGGCUUGUGUUUUUUCCUUCCAUUGAAAUGCCAGCCAGUCUGCGGGUUCUGUGCUACCAGAAAUGAUAACUAUCUCACCUGUCAACAAGGCAAGGCCCAAACUAUUAUUUUUCUUGUGUUUUUUUAAGCAGCUUUUCUAAUUUAGCCUUUCAGAUCACAUCUUUUGAGGAACAAGAAAGCUUUGCUGAUCUGUUCAGUUUGUAAAUGCUGUUUGAAAGAUGAAAGCAAAGAAACUGAUCAGUGCAUUUACCAUUUUGUUACAUUUUAGUGCAACUCCUUCUUUCUUAAAUACAUUUUGUUUAACUUUGAAUGGUAGCCAGCAAGCUUUAGAUUAGCUUCCAACUAGCUCUUACAUUUUCUAUUGGUUACUAGGGGGGAAAAAAAUAAAAACACUAGUUUCAGGAGUUCAAACUAAUUGAACUGUUGCUGUUGUCUUGAGUAUGUCAGUUGGCUGAUG